AUGGGUGAAUUGGAAGCCAGGAAGCUCAAGUAUGCAACGACUGGGACUGAAGCAAUUCUCAUUGGCAUCCUUAUAGAGGGAACCAGUCUGGCUGCAAAAAAUUUACGGGCAAAUGGAAUUACACUUUUCAAGGUGUGUGAAGAAACGAUCAAGUUACUUGGGAAAGCUGACAUGUGGUUCUUCAGUCCUGAGCAUCCCAUCCCACAUUGA